AUGGGCGGCCGGGUGGGAGCCGCGCGCUCGCUCGCCCACGUCACGCCGGUGCGGGCUCGGCUGACGACCGCGGCGCCGGGGGACGCUGGCGCGCUCCGCUCGCCAGGUGCUCCGCCUGGAAAUGUCUCCAUUAGUUGUCGCCUGCUCCCCGCCGGAGCGCGCGCGCCGAGCGGCCGCGCUGAGCCCUCCCGGGCGGCCGGUAGUGGCCGGGCGCCACCGCAGGUAGGCGAGGUCCCCGCGCCCGCCCCCGCCCCGGGGCUCCGAGACCCCUCCCCCCUUCCGGGGAGGCGGAGGCUCGGCGCGGCCGCCGACGGGCGCGGGCGGCGGCGACUGCGGCGACUCCCCGGUGCGUCCCGGGCUGCGCGCUGCUCCCCGCGGCCCCGGCGCCGGAGCGGCGCGGGCGGGCGCGUCCCCAGCGCAGGGUCCGAACUGGCGGGAGGCGGAGCGGCUGACCCGCCGAACAGCGGUCGGAGCGGCGCGCGGGCCAGCGGAGCGGCCGUCCUCCACCCGGAGCGGGGCGCGGAGGCCCGGGCGGCUGGUCGCCUGCGCCGGCGCCGGCUAAUUUUAACUGUUGAUUACAUCUUCGCGCCUAGGAGCCGGCGGCCCCGGAGCAGUGGCCGCGUCACGCCGGCCACCGCGCGCAAGACCCCGCCGGCCCCGCCCGCCGGCCCCGGGCGGCGCCCGCCAUGUCCUACCCGCAGUUUGGAUACCCCUAUUCUUCCGCACCCCAGAGGAGGCCCGGCCAAGCAGACUGGCAGCACUAAGGAAUGCGCGGCCCGGUGGACAGCGUUCCUGAUGGCCACCAACUCCCUGAGCACGUGCUGUGAGUCGGGGGGCCGCACGCUGGCCGACUCCGGGCCCGCCGCCUCGGCCCAGGCGCCUGUCUACUGCCCGGUCUACGAGAGCCGGCUGCUGGCCACCGCGCGCCACGAGCUCAACUCGGCCGCAGCGCUCGGCGUCUACGGGGGCCCCUACGGCGGCUCGCAGGGCUACGGCAACUACGUGACCUACGGCUCCGAGGCGUCCGCCUUCUACUCGCUGAAUGGCUUCGACUCCAAGGACGGGCCUGGAUCUGCGCAUGCGGGCCUGGCGCCUGCAGCGGCUGCUGCCUACUACCCCUACGAGCCAGCGUUGGGCCAGUAUCCCUAUGACAGGUACGGGACCAUGGACAGCGGCACGCGGCGCAAGAACGCCACGCGCGAGACCACCAGCACGCUCAAGGCCUGGCUGCAGGAGCACCGCAAGAACCCCUACCCCACCAAGGGCGAGAAGAUCAUGCUGGCCAUCAUCACCAAGAUGACCCUCACGCAGGUGUCCACCUGGUUCGCCAACGCGCGCCGCCGCCUCAAGAAGGAGAACAAGAUGACGUGGCCUCCGCGGAACAAAUGCGCAGAUGAGAAGCGCGCCUACGCGGAGGGCGAGGAGGAAGAAGGGGCAGAGGAGGAAGCCCGGGCGGAGCCCCUCGGGAGCACCAAGACCGAAGAGCCCGUGGGCAAAGAGGAAAAGGAUCUCGAGCUCACUGACCUGGAGGACUUCGACCCGCUGGAGGCGGAGCCUCCUGAGUGCGAGCUGAAACCGCCCUUCCAGCCCCUGGAUGGCGGUCUGGAGCGCAUCCCUGCCGCACCGGAUGGUCCAAGCGCCCCGGGAAAGGAGGCCUCCAGCACCCUCCGGAUGCCCCUGGCUGCCGGUGGCGGGGCCCCCCUGGACCAGGACCUAGAGAGGGCCAGGAGCUGCCUCCGGACCACAGCGGCAGGGCCAGAGCAGCAGUCCGGUGUGGGGGGCGGCUCGCAGGCUUGCGAGGCCAAGCUGGGCUUCGGGCCCGCUGGGGCAACAGCAGGCCUCGAGGCCAAGCCGCGCAUCUGGUCCCUGGCUCACACGGCGACCGCCGCCGCCACCACACUGAGCCAGACUGAGUUUCCAUCAUGCAUGCUCAAGCGUCAAGGCCCGGCGGCCCCUGCGGCCACCUCCUUGGCCCCUGCCUCAUCCUCGCCUGCGGCCCCGGCCCCCACUGGUGCCCUGGACAGGCACCAGGACUCCCCGGUAACCAGUCUCAGAAACUGGAUGGAUGGGGUCUUUCACGACCCCAUCCUCAGGCACAGCACUUUGAACCAGGCCUGGGCCACCGCCAAGGGCACCCUCAUUGACCCAGGACCGAUGGGACGCUCGUUGGGGGCAGGCGCCAACGUGCUGACAACACCCCUGGCGCGCGCUUUCCCGCCGGCCGCACCCCAUGACGCUCCCACCUCGGGUGCAGCCAAGGAGCCGCUGGCCCUUCCGAAGGCGGGAGGCAAGCCCUUCUGCGCCUGACCGGCCCUGCCCCUGAGCAGAGGAGGAGCCCAGGCUUGGCCACAGGCCGGUGGGUCACAGACUCUUUUUUCUACCAAGUUUCCAAAGCAGGACAAGAGCAUGGCAAGGUUCAGGCAGCGAACCCACCGUGGAGAAGGAGCCGAGCUCGGCCGGGUCAGGCCGCAGACCAGGGCCACCGACCCCACUCGGACAUUCGCUAGUUCAGGCCAUUCCCAGACUCCAGGAGCCCUGGGGCAGGGCCGCGCUGGGAGCAGAAGGGAGCCACCCUGAGGCAUAAAGUUUACGAGCGAAAGUUUACAUGGAGAAGACAUUUCCCCUCCCAGGCGCUGUCGGUUUGCCUGUCUUCCUUUGGGUUCGAGGCUUGCCUGGGCUCCUCCUGAAGACUCAUCAGCCCAUGAACUUGAUCGCGUCCUCCGCACACUGGCCAACAGCACUCCACCUCGUUCACACUAUUGCACACUUAACGCGAUAAAAUUAUGUUUUUUUAAAAUGUAUGUUCACACCAAUAAUUGCCUGCUUCAGAGGCUAAUAUAAGAAAACCAAUA